AUCACUUCCCGUGCCGCAGCCUGUCAACCUCGACGCUUCGUAGUUCAAUACCCACACAGUGGACCCGGCACUUCAUUAAAACAUCUCCUGCAAAUUUAUAUAGCACAAUUUAUUUGUUUAUCUAUCAAGUGUGAAUUAAGCAGCUCAGAAUGGAGACAUCUGGUAACUCGAGUAAGAAGCAGAAACUGAGUAACGCGCCUGAGAGCUGGGGAAUGCAAAGAGCCACCAAUGUGACGUAUCAAGCCCAUCAUGUGAGCAGAAACAAGCGUGGCCAGGUAGUCGGCACUAGAGGAGGAUUUCGAGGAUGCACGGUGUGGCUGACAGGUUUAUCUGGUGCUGGUAAGACGACAGUCAGCAUGGCUCUGGAGGAGUAUCUUGUGUGUCAUGGCAUCCCCUGCUACACUCUGGAUGGAGAUAACAUCAGGCAGGGCCUCAAUAAAAAUCUGGGCUUCAGUCCUGAAGACCGUGAGGAGAACAUUCGUCGUAUCGCAGAAGUGGUGAAACUGUUUGCUGAUGCUGGUCUUGUGUGCAUUGCCAGCUUCAUUUCCCCAUACAGCAGGGACCGCCUGAAUGCAAGGAAGAUCCAUGAAGCUGCUGGGUUCACAGGAAUAGAUUCUGAGUAUGAAAAGCCAGAGGCCCCUGAACUGGUACUGAAGACGGAUUCUUGCAGUGUGAACGAGUGCAUCCAGCAGCUUUUAGACCUCCUGCAGGAGAGAGACAUAGUUCCUGUGGACGCGUCCUAUGAGGUCAAGGAGCUCUACGUGCAUGAGAACAAGCUGGACUUGGCCAAAGCUGAUGCAGAGACUCUUCCAGCAGUGGAGAUCACUAAGGUGGACAUGCAGUGGGUUCAGGUGCUCGCUGAGGGCUGGGCCACUCCUCUGAACGGCUUCAUGAGGGAGAGAGAGUACCUGCAGUGUCUGCACUUCAACUGUCUGCUUGAUGGUGGGGUUAUUAACCUGUCGGUGCCGGUAAUCCUCCCCAUCUCAAGCGCCGAUAAGGAGCGUCUGGAUGGCACCACUGCAUUCUCGCUAGCCUACGGUGGUCGGAGGGUCGCAAUACUCCGAAACCCGGAGUUCUAUGAGCACCGCAAGGAAGAGCGUUGUGCCCGGCAGUGGGGCACCACAUGCAAGGAUCAUCCAUACAUCAAGAUGGUGAUGGAGAGCGGAGAUUGGCUGGUCGGCGGUGAUCUCCAGGUGCUGGAUCGGAUCUACUGGAACGACGGGCUGGAUAGUUACAGGCUCACACCAACCGAACUCAAGCAGAAGUUUAAAGAAAUGAAUGCAGAUGCUGUCUUUGCUUUCCAACUGCGGAACCCAGUACAUAAUGGCCACGCGCUGCUCAUGCAGGACACGCAGCGGCGUCUAAUUGAACGCGGCUAUCGCCGACCCGUACUUCUGCUUCACCCGCUGGGCGGCUGGACCAAAGAUGACGAUGUGCCACUGGCCUGGCGCAUGAAACAGCAUGCAGCCGUGCUGGAGGAGGGGCUGCUUGACCCCAACUCCACCAUAGUGGCCAUUUUCCCUUCACCGAUGAUGUAUGCUGGCCCAACAGAGGUGCAGUGGCACUGUAGGGCCCGGAUGGUGGCUGGAGCCAACUUUUACAUAGUGGGCCGUGACCCUGCAGGAAUGCCUCACCCAGACACAGGUAAAGACCUCUACGAGCCCUCCCACGGAGCUAAAGUUCUCACCAUGGCCCCUGGACUCAUAUCACUGGAAAUUGUGCCUUUCAAAGUGGCAGCCUACAAUAAAGUCAAGAAGGCCAUGGAUUUUUAUGACCCCAAAAAACACCAGGACUAUGACUUCAUCUCAGGAACCCGCAUGCGGAGGAUGGCUCGCGAGGGCCAGAACCCUCCGGAAGGCUUCAUGGCACCCAAAGCCUGGAAUGUUCUCAAGGAAUACUACCAGUCUUUAGAGAAGGCCUAAGCUGUUUUCCAGGUGUGGAGAGAGGUGGAAGCAAUUCUGUUACAGGGAAAGGAGGAGGAGGAGGUGAUCUUGGUUUGUAAAAAAAACAAAACACACACACACACACACACACACACACACACACACACAAUGAUUGAACACUGGGACCACCCAAAGGACUUCUUGCACUUUUUUGGAUGUUGUUCCUCAUUAAAUCACUCUCAGUUUCGUAGUUAUGAGUCUUAUGGCAGCAUUUUUAUAUGUUUGGUUUAAAAAAAAAAAAA